CAGCUACCGGACUGCAAAAUGCCCUCUCCGUUUUGGGCUUCCUGGGCUCCGACCUGCUGGGGAAUAUACGAGGUGCUGAAAUAGAUGCUCCUCACUGACUGCUAUAAUUAGCAACCCCCUGGAGACCGGGCAGAACGGGUGAGAGAUGAACAGAUCAAGGGGAACGCAGGAGGGAGGGAGGCGGAAAUUUAAGAAGCAGAGUUUGAAUUCAGAAAAGAGGGUGAAGACCUGUUGGCACCCGGGAGAGGCGGAGCCCACAGCAGAACGGACAAAAAGGAGGCUCCAGACAAAUACUGUAGCUUAAAGGGGGGGGAGGAGAAUAAGAAGUGUGCGCGUGUGCCUGUGUCCCUCUGCCUCUGUCCCUCUGUGCAACAGGGGAGAAAGGAGGAUGGCUGUAGGGGAAGCCAGGAGGGAAAGGCUCCUCCGCCUGGCAGAACUACAAGUCCUCAGCCAAAUCCCGUUGCCAGAAGACCGACGAGAAGCUCACGCUGGAACAUGCAACAGUGGGGAGUGUCGAGAAACAUACCAAUAGUAGAAAUGAGGAGGCGGAGAGAGCAAAGAGCAAAGCGUAGUGCUCAGACCAGCAGUGGGCAAAGGGGUGUCAAGGAGGAUGGGGGAGCCUUUCACAGAGAAAGAUGUCUACGCUGAGCAUCUUGAUCCCAAAGACUAUCUGGAAACAUACUACAACGUUGGCCCUCUGGAUGAAGGAACGGGCCUUCUUCUAACGUUUUUCCUGAAAGGUGCCCACAGGGCAUUCAUCCUGGAUGGCAUCACGGGAGACACCCUGAUUGACAUCGGCAGUGGCCCGACCGUCCACCAGUUCCUCUCCGCCUGCGAGUCCUUCCGCGAGAUCAUAGCCACCGACUACGCUGAGCAGAACCGGGAGGAGAUGCGGCGAUGGCUGAAGAAGGAACCGGGGGCUUUCGACUGGAGCCCCAUCGUGAAGUACGUCUGUGAGCUGGAGGGAGACAGGGAGAAGUGGCCACAGAAGGAAGAGAAGGUGCGAAGAGCCGUCAGGCAGGUCCUGAAAUGCGACGUGACCCAGCCCAACCCCUUGGCUCCGCUGGUCCUUCCUCCUGCGGAUUGCCUGAUCUCCACUUUGUGCCUGGACGGGGCUUGCAAGGACAUUCCCACCUACCGGUCAGCCUUCAGGAACAUCAGUUCCCUGGUGAAGCCAGGCGGGCACCUCCUCUUCCAUUCAACCCUUGAAGAGCACUACUACAUGGUUGGCCAGCGUCGGUUCUCUGCCCUCUACUUAGAGAAGGAGGUGGUGGAGGAGGCAGCGAGGCAGGCGGGCUUUGCUAUCAAAUGGCUUGAGGAGAUCAGGAUCAACUUCCCCCCGUCUGUGGCGGAUGGGAAGGGGCUGUGCCUCCUGCUCGCCCAGAAAUGCGGCCCAUGAAAAUUAGGCAGCCGCUGGCCCGACCACAACAGGCUUCUCCAGUCACCGUUCCGAUGCUGCUGUACAAGUUAGGCGAGGCCGCGGCGCAUGGCCUCCGGAAUCCUUCCCGCCCCUUUCCCUGCAGGCGCAUAGGCGAUGCAUGGGAGAUGUGUUCUGCUGUGCAAUAAAGUAGCGCCUUGCCGCUGGGGUCGGGCUGCUUCCUGCUUUCCUGUGUGCGCGGGGCUCUCUGGGCCGCCUCGGGGGCAGCCUCUGCCCCUCUGCGGGCGACGGUCCCAGGACCGAGGGGAGGGGCGUCGGGCAGGGUGGUCAGCGGCCCCUCCUGCCAAGGUGCCCUGGGGGAACCGCCGGAAGGUUCUUCCUGCAGCCCCCAGCCGAUGCGCCCCGUUUGCUGAACUCAUGUGUUCUGCUGGCCGCUCCCCACGCGUUGGACCCGGGCCCUCCCGGUCAGCGUCUGGAGGGUCAUCCCGCUGGCCAACAGACGGACCCUUCCAGGCCCCUCGACGUGGCCCCUUCCAAGAUUCCUUCGGGCACGAAAGAACAAGCUUCAGGAGAGUUCUGGGGAGGGACUUGUGCAAUCGUGGCACACCCAACUGACAGCAGGACACGUCUGCAGCUGCCCCCGGAGGUACGGCUGGAUUCCAGGUGCUUGUCCCCAGCACGGGAUAAACCGCGAUGGCCUUCAUGCACUGCGGUGUGACAAUGGACCGCUUAACAGCGAUGCAUUGCAUAAACCGUCGUCGACUAGAUGCACGUGGUGCUACAGUCUACCGGGCGCAAUGGCUACGUUCAUCCAACACGCUGAGCCACGGAAAGCAAAGUACAUUUAGGCUUCGCCUGAGGUGCGAGUGCAGUUUGCCUGUCCUCGUGCCCCUUGUAAACGGGGCAGAAGCUAUGAUGCCCUGUUAUCCUGGCUUGUGGGCACGCCUAAACGGGGCAGUGCCCUCUGAUGGGCUGAAACGCAGGAGGGCCGGGCGAGUCGGUUUCCACCUUGCGGUUCCCUUGAUGGGAUGCUCAUUCUGUUCCGUUGGGUGCCAACAGUUUCGCUGAACUGACGGUCCUAACGAAAAUGCGCUAAUGCACGAACCAAGCACGCUUGAUUUCCCGAGUAAUCGAGGAACGGAAUGAAAUACAGAGUCCGUAAAUGA